CGAUGGCCGAUGCAGGGUUCUAAAAUCUGCUGAAAUCAUCCGUUAACACAUGUUGAUGUUGUAAUGGAGGCUAUGAAAAAAGUCUUAAUCUUUGUUUGAUUUUGUUUUCUUUAAGCAAGUGGGCAGAUCAAUAAUUAAUAAACAAUUCAAAUAUAAAUAUUUUUUAACAACAAAAUAAUUGUCAUCUGUUAUAAAUUUCCAAAUGGAGGGAAUGGAAAAUUCACCAUCAGCUGGUCAAAAACGAUCUGCUGAUUCUAUUAUUGAUCAAGAUGCUGAAAUACCAGCAAAACGACACAAGAGUCUUCAACAUCAAAAUGCAAUUUGUGAAUUAAAUAAAUUGAAAACAAUUGCUUUCGAGGAGAUAGCAAGUUCAGGACCAUUACACGCUCCAAUAUUUACAAUGUGUAUACAUAUUGAUGGACAAAAAUAUCUGGGUGAUGGAUACACGAAAAAAAUGGCAAAACAUGCUGCUGCUGAAGUUGCACUUAAAAGCAUUGUACAAUUCAAAAAUACACCAGAAGAACCAAAAAAACGAAAACGAAAACGAAAAAAUGCCAAUAGAUCUGUUGAUAAAGGACCAGUUGCUUUAAUUCAUAAAUUAUAUCCUGGUGUUAUUUUUACAUGUAUUUCUGAUAAUGGUGAAACUUAUUCAAAAUUUACAAUAUUAGCAUCAAUUGAUGGUGGAAUAUUUAAGGGUACUGGUCCAAGUAAAAAACUUGCUAAAGCAGCAGCAAGUAGAGCAGCAUUAACUCAACUUAGAAAUGUUCCUAGUUCAACAUUUGAUAUAUCAUUACCAGUUGAAAUAUUACCAAAUUUUACAAAUUUACCACAAAUGUUAGCUGAUAAAAUUGGUAAAAUGGUUAAUUUAAAAUUUACUGAACUUAUGAAAAGUAAACCACAACAUGCUAGACGUAAAGUAAUUGCUGGCAUUGUACAAACAAAAGGAACAAAUGCUGAUUUAAUUUGCGUUACAACAGGUACAAAAUGUAUAUAUGGUGAUCAUUUAAGUAUCACUGGUGGUGCUUUAAAUGAUUGUCAUGCUGAAAUUGUUGCACGUCGUUGUCUUUGUGAAUAUUUAUACAAACAAUUAUCAUUACAUAUGGAAAAUCGUAGUGAUGAAUCAAUAUUUGAAGUUGCUAAAAAAGGCUAUAAAUUAAAACCAGGUAUACAAUUUCAUUUGUAUAUUAGUACAGCACCAUGUGGUGAUGGAAGAAUAUUUUCACCACACGAAAAAAAUGAAUCAGUUGAUAAACAUCCAAAAAAAAGAAAUACACGAGGUUUAUUGAGAACAAAAAUUGAGUCUGGUGAAGGCACUAUACCAGCCAAAAGUAGUGAAGGAAUACAAACCUGGGAUGGUGUGAUGAUGGGUCAAAGACUGCUGACGAUGUCGUGUUCAGAUAAAAUAGCUCGAUGGAAUGUACUAGGUGUGCAAGGUGCACUCCUCAGCCACUUCAUCGAGCCCAUUUAUUUAAACAGCAUCGUUCUUGGCAGUAUGUUAAAUUCAACUCACAUGUAUCGUGCUGUUUGUGGUAGAAUUGAAAAUACAAUUCAAGGAUUACCACCACCAUAUCGUUUAAAUAAACCAUUGAUGAGAUUAAUUACAUCACCUGAAGUACGACAACCAAGCAAAGCACCAAAUUACAGUGUCAAUUGGACAAUUGGUCAAAAUGAAGCUGAAAUUAUAAUUUGUAAAACUGGUAAAAAUGAACUUGAUAAACCAUCAAGAAUAUCAAAAAAAGGAUUAUUUAAAAUGUUUUCUACACUUCUUGGUAAUUUAACUCCUAUUGAUGAUGCUGCACGUGAAUCAUGUCGUCAUUAUUUGGAUGCAAAAUUAUUUGCUCAAGAUUAUUCGCUUGCUAAGCGUCAAUUGAAGGAGGCAUUUGCUCGUGCUCAACUUGGUAAUUGGGUGAAGAAGCCCAUUGAACAAGAUAGGUUUGAAGCUGACAUCUGACUGACUGAUGAUGAUCAAGGACUACUUGGUUCUUCAGUUGCUGGUUGUUUUACUGAGUGAUAUU